AUGGGCAAGUCAAAAAAGCAUAGCUCUAUCAAGAGCAGACUCUCCAAUUCCUCGUUAUCAAACUUGUUCAAUUUGAACAAGAAGAGGAAACGUGACGACGAAUCCGCCACGGACGAUAGUGCCAAACAACAAGGCGGCGAUGGCGAGAUGAAAGCAGCCAAGCGGCUGCGUCGCAGUGAGCCCAAUGCGGAACAGAAAAGGUUUGAAGAGCUGGAGCGCAAGUAUGAGGCUGAGUUGCCCGCUGAACUGCGCAAAUAUAGACCUAAGGGAUAUAGGUUUAACCUUCCGCCAGAGGACAGGCCCAUCAGAGUUUACGCCGAUGGGGUUUUUGAUCUCUUCCAUCUCGGUCAUAUGAAACAGCUGGAGCAAUGUAAAAAGGCUCUACCCAAUGUGGUGUUGAUUUGCGGGGUGCCCAAUGACGAGAUCACACACAAGUUAAAGGGAUUGACGGUGCUGACCGACGAGCAGAGAUGCGAAACGCUGAGACAUUGCAAAUGGGUAGAUGAAGUUGUCCCGAAUGCACCCUGGUGUGUAACAGCCGAGUUUCUGGCUGAACAUAACAUCGACUAUGUGGCUCACGACGAUUUACCCUAUGUCGGUGCGGAUAGUGACGAUAUAUACAAACCGAUCAAGGAGAUGGGGAGGUUUCUAGCGACCCAGAGAACGAGCGGAAUUUCCACAAGUGAUAUCAUCACCAGAAUUAUAAGAAACUAUGAUAAGUAUCUGAUGAGGAAUUUCGCUCGCGGUGCUACAAGACAGGAACUAAACGUCUCUUGGCUGAAGAAGAAUGAGCUGGAUUUCAAGAAACACGUCGAUGACUUCAGGUCGUAUUUCAAGAAAAACCAGCAUAACCUGAACAACGUUUCGAAGGACCUCUAUUUCGAAGUCAGAGAAAUUCUGCUUAGAAAGACACUGGGAAAAAAGUUAUAUUCCAAAUUGGUCGGCCAAGGUUUAGGCCAAGAUCUAAAGAAACGCCUUCAGCAUGAUAGAAGACUUAUUCGCGAGAAGUCCCCUGUCAGCGAGUUUGCCAGCAAGUUUACCGGCGAACCCUCAGAGCAGGAUCCCCACUGCCAGACGUCACAGAACGAGGAAGACGACGAGGGCGCUAGCAUCGACUCGCAAACCGCCAGCUCCUCGGACGACAAUAGAAGCCAAAAUGUGCAAAAUGAAUAG